AUGAACGGAAUGCCUGCUAAGAGCAAAAUCAACAACUUUGGCCACCUCUCUGUAACAACAUCCAAUUCUACAUCCACUCACUUCACUGCCUUUCUGCUAACUGGAGUCCCAGGAUUAGAAGACGUGCAAAUCUGGAUCUCAAUCCCUUUCGGCUUCAUGUAUCUUUUGGCUGUAAUAGGCAAUGGGUUGGUUUUGGCUGUGGUAGCUUGGGACAGAAGCCUCCAUGAGCCCAUGUAUCUCUUCCUGGCCAUGUUGGCACUCAAUGAUGUCAUUCUUUGUACUGUCACAGUGCCCAAAAUGCUUCUCAUCUUCUGGCAGGGUCCUUCUUUGUCAUCAUUUCCUGCCUGUCUCACACAGAUGUUUUUUGUCCACGCUCUGUUCCUCUCUGAAUCGGCAGUUCUGCUGGCCAUGGCUUUCGAUCGCUAUGUGGCCAUCUGUGCACCUCUCCAUUAUACAACCCUACUUACAGGCUCUUUGAUUAGCAAGGUGGGACUGACUCUGGUGGCCCGAAGUGUGAUUGUAGUCACCCCUGGAGUCCUCCUCAUUCUUCGCCUGCACUUCUGCAGGAGCACCAUCAUCCAUCAUACCUACUGUGAGAACAUGGCCAUAGCCAAGUUGGCCUGUAAUAGCAUUGCCCCUAAUAGCAUUUAUGGACUCACCGCUGCCUUCCUCACCACAGGGCUGGACUUUGUCCUCAUCUCCCUGUCCUACUGGCUAAUCCUGAGAACAGUCUUCCAACUACCUUCUAAAGAGGCCCGGAGAAAGGCCUUUGGAACCUGUGGGCCUCAUAUUUGUGUCAUCUUGAUAUUCUACACACUGGCCUUCUUUUCCUUCUUUACCCAUCGCUUUGGAAAGCAAGUGCCCAGGCACACCCUUAUCCUCCUGGCAAACCUCUACUUACUGGUGCCACCUACCAUGAACCCCAUUGUUUAUGGAGUGAAGACAAAGGAGAUAAGGGUGCGAGUACUAGGGCUCUGUAACCAACCAAAAUGA